AUGUCUAGAUGGGCCAUCGAUGCCACCAAUCGAAUCCGAAAUGAGACCGUGCCGGGGUCCUCAAAGUAUAUCUUGCGCGAACUUAGUGAGCAAUUUGCGAUAGCAUCAACAAAUAUUGAGGGUCAUUACUUGCAAGUUAGGAACGAUGCAAAUCAUUUGGAGUCAUGGAUGAAAAGAGUGGUAGAGGGGGGUGAGGAUGUUGAUGGGUUGAUUAAAAGUGGGUCGCCAAAAAGGGUUCCACCUCAACUAAGCUCCAGUUUUAAGACAGAUGUCCAGAAUGUUCUACCAUCCCCGAAAUCGAGAGAAGUUACCAUUAAGAUCCCGUUGGAGCCACUGGAGAGUAUUCAAGCUGAGGAUGUAAUAAAGAGUGAGGUUUGCGGGACCAUAGUAGAUACUAAUGACUCCAUCAAAAUAUCACCAGCGAGAAAGCCAACUCGAUUAUCCCCACAUGCAACUAAACAGACUGGGUCGAUAAAGCACGUGGGCAUUUCAAAGAUACAUCCACUAAAAGAGCCUGUCGCUUUACUCGGUACCAAAAUUGACCCCAGAAAAUCGCCAGUGCGACUAAUACCGCCAACAACACCAAAGCAAUCCCUUGCUUCUUCUGAUAGUGAAGAUUCGUUUCAAGCAAUAAGCGCAGCGAUAAAGCGAAACGUUUUGGAAAAAGAACUUACGUUGAGGGGUAAGAGUGAAGGAAACCUGCGCGACACCAUACAAUGUACCCCUCGAAGGCCAAGCUCAAAGUUCGUACCACUUCCGGCUAGAACACCCAUUGUGUUGAAUAGAACGGCACAUGCGGCAGACGAGAUGUCAACAAAGCCCCCUCCCAUCAUAUCAAUCAAAAAUAAAUUUUCACCUCGGAAACUGCCAGCGAAGAGGAACUCGCCUAUACCGAAACUAGUCAAGGUUCCUCUAAGUCUGCAGGCAAUUGUCAUCCCUCCAAAUUCAGAUACGUUUGAACCAAGCCACCUGAGAUCUAGCUUUGAAGUGAGCAAGGACGAGCAGCCGCGAUCAAGUGCUAGUUUGUGGGGCAAGAUUGGUGAGUAUAGGCAAUUAUCUCCAAAGAAACCACCACAGAGCUCUCCAAUGAAACCACCACGAGGCUCUUCCAAGAAACCACUACAGAGUUCUCCAAAACGAUCACCGCAGUGGAAUGUGAAAAGAUCACCAGUUCAUGGCUCGAGUCCACUACGACAACAACCAUCGCUAAAGUCUCCGUCGAAAAUUGCCAUACCACAACUCAAAAGUCCCAAGUUGGAUCAUGUUGCUGCUCCGACAGUGUCUAGUGCUGCAAAGAGAAAGAAGCAAGAUGUAAAAAAGUUUGAAAAUAGAUUUCUCACAACAACUUUGCAACGAACGCCGAGAACAUUUGAUAGGGCCAAGAGUACAAAAGUUAUGGAAAAACCACCAAAAGCUCAACCAAAGGUUGAUAUUCAACGCCCGACGAAAAAGUCAAUGAUGGAACAACGAAGUGAGGCAGCUGCAUUAAAGGCCAGACAAAAAAUUGUUCUCAAUUUAAGGAAAUCGGAAUCGAAAGUUUUACGUGAUGAGGUAGAGCAGGUAGAACCACCGAAAACACCAGUCAAAUAUACCCCGGAUAAUCUACCCGAUGUGCAUUCUGAUGAUAACCACUCACCUAGCUCCAAAGUGCUUCAACCGUGGGGCAGCACACCAGAGCUAUAUAGGAUUGCCAAAAGCAAGAAAAAAGUCGACCCGUUCAAAAUAUUUCACAAGAGUAAUAGAGUCAAUCUACUGGAAGUGUUCAACAAGCAUGUCACUGCACAGUCACCUGCACCCACACCUGAUGAAUAUCAAGCAGCCAAGUAUUCCAAAUCUAUGGGAUUUCAUUAA